AUGUGGAUUUUCAGGGUGAAGCGGCCGCUGGGUUCUCCUCCUGUCUUCAAGGCGCGUUACGUGCUGCUGCACACAGCCGCUCAGCGCGACUACGAGCUUCUCUCUCUUGACUUUAGCACUGCUUUCCUACAGGGUAGCCUGCACGAGGAGAUCUGGUUGCGCCACCCUCCUAGCUUCACUGGGUUGUUUCCUCCCGAUACCCAGUGGAGUCUCUGGCGGCCAGUCUACGGUCUCCGCCAGGCGCCCCGUGAGUGGCAUGACACGCUGAGGACUACACUUGCGGCUCUUGGGUUUGCUCCUACUGCUGACCCGUUGCUGUUUCUAUGCACCGACACCUCUUUGCCGCCGUUCUACAUCCUCGUGUACGUAGACGACUUGGUCUUUGCUACUGCUAACACUGGUGGACUCACCCACGUGAAGUCCGAGCUGCAGAAGAGACACACGUGCACAGACCUGGGUGAACUGCGCAGCUACCUUGGCUUGCAGAUCACCCGAGACAGAGCAUAG